AUGUUCUUGCCAAAACUUAUUAUAACACUUUUCGUGCUGGGAGUCAGCGGAUCAGAUUUCGAGCGGCAUUGUCGUGAUUGUAUGGUGUAUACAUCAUGUUCAUCUGCCAAGGAACGUGUUGCAAAGUACCAAAACCAGGAUACGCUAAAUCUGUUCGAGAGAGCUAAUUGCGGUUACGAAGAUACGAGACCAAAGGUAUGCUGUUCCGACUUUCGUGUAAGUGCUCCAAGUUUUCAAAAUAGAGCAGCGAGUACUGAAGAUUAUUAUAACAAAGAAAUUAUUUACGAGGAAGGGGAUGAGGACGCUCAAGAAACCACCGAGGAACCCGUAAUAAGAUCCCAAUAUCACAUUGAAAAUAUAACAUCUACAGACAAUAGCGAGAUGUCACCAGAAAUGACAAACAAACUUCGCCUUUUAACAAAUUACAACUGUGGUCAGAUUCUUGGUCGCCGUAUAGUUGGGGGCACUAGAGCGGAACUGUAUGAGUUUCCCUGGAUGGCUCUUAUCUCUUAUAAAACAGUCGAUGACCUAGAUUUUUCAUGUGGAGGAAGCAUUAUUAGUUCCCGUUACAUCCUAACUGCUGCUCACUGCAUCACGCCGCACAUACUUGGGGUCAGAGUCGGAGAAUAUAUCAUCAAUGAUGAUGCCCCAGAUUGUAAUUUUGAUGGCAGUAUAUGCAGUCCUCCGUAUAUAGACCUGGGUGUAGAGUAUUCGAGUAUAAUCGUUCACGAGCAUUAUAAUCCUGACGACAAAUCAAAUGAUAUAGCGUUGAUUCCCUUGCUUGAGGAUAUCGACUUCACUCAAGAUAAUUUAGCACCUGUCUGUUUACCCAUCACCGAAAGAUUACGAUCCAAAGAUUUAUCCGGAAAAGAAGUCACUGUUGCCGGCUGGGGAGUCACGGAAACGGGGAAAAAAAGCGGCUACUUGCUUAAAGUGAAUUUAAAGGUGCAACCUGAAGAUACGUGCAGAAAAUAUCAUAGCACGAUGAUUUGCGCCGGCUCCGGUGACGGGAGAGAUUCUUGCGGCGCAGACUCGGGGGGACCUCUCAUGUUCAGCAGUGAAUAUUAUGGGUCGACCCGAUUCGUGCAAUUCGGUCUCGUAUCCUAUGGGCAAGUGAGAUGUGGAUCUGACGUCGGCUAUUACACAGAUGUUAGGCAGUACAUUGACUGGAUACUGAGGAACAUCAGGGAGUGA